AUGUCGGUGGACUGCGUCAGAGACCUGAGCUCCGGCACGGAGACGGUCAGCCGCCAGAACAUGUACAGGUGCUGCAGGACGUGCAUGACGCUGGACCCGACCUUGUACGUGCAGCCGUCCGCGGGCAUCCUCAGGGCCCUGAUCGACCUCUCGACCGUGAACAGCCACUUCACCGCCAUCGAGGCCGAGUUGGCGAUCAGGUCCACCGCCCCGGGCAGGGUCAAGCCGUUGUUCAUGAGCAUGUUCGUGAGCGUGCCGGAGUUCAGGGACGGCAUCCUGCGCAUACUCUCGCCCUACGACGUGGCCAGGUUGAUGGACGCGGGGUUCACCUCGUACAGGGAGGGCUUGACGAGGGCGGAGAUGCUGACGUGCAUGCCGAUGUACAGGAACCUGUUCACGGACGGGUCGUGGCUGAUGAAGAUGAACAGCAGCGGGUACACCGUGGUGGUCGUGAGCAGGCACUUGGACAAGUUCUCGUUCAGGAACAACUACCCGCGCAGGUAUACGUCCUGCAACAACAGGUGGACGGUGGUCAUGCUGUUGGCCGUCGGCAGGAACGGGACCAGCGACGAGGAGAGAAUGAUGUACGAGAGCAACUUCAGGUCCAGUAUCAGGGGCAGGCACGGGUCGUUCGUGAUGGACGGGAACGAGAUCGUGGUCAUGGACGAGGAGAGCAUCAUGAUCUGCCUGCCGAACGCCGUCAUGUGGGCGGAGAGCACCACGGACGGGACUCCGACCGUGACGGUGUACAUGAGGAGGUGUAUGUUCAAGUCCCUGUUCCAGAUCGAGUCCCGCGACAGGGUGUCGACCUCGUACACCUACCUGAACGGGCGGAUGGAGACCAUCAUGGACGUGUAUCUGUCCAGGACCGAGUGCAUCGAGGGGGACGCGGAGAGGAGCGUCUGGAAGACCGAGGGCAGCGGUGUGAUCUCCGUCGUGUGCCCGUUCGCCGACCCGCUGAUGAACCCGAACAUGGUGAUGUCGCUGUAG